AUGGGCGCCUCAAUCAUUCAGAUACAGCAUGAAGUCAUCAUCAACACCCUGAGGGACAUCACCAAGGGCGACUGGAAGGUGCUUGUUGUCGACGAGUUUUCCAAGAAGAUCAUCGAUAAUGUCGCCAAGGAAGAUGAUAUCCUCAACCAGAAUAUCGCCAACAUCGAGCGCAUCGAGGAGAGGCGAGAUAGGAAUCCGACCAUGGACGCUAUAUACUUUGUCUCUCCCAUGCCACACAUAGUCGACUGCCUGCUCGCCGAUUUCGACCAACGAAGGUACCAGAGGUCCUUCAUCGUCCUCACCGAUCUUCUGCAACCAGAAUUGCAACGCCGCCUGUACUCCCACCCGCAAGCUCGAGAACUUAUCGCCGAUUAUCAGAUCCUCAACAUCGACUUCUUUCCCCGAGAGUCCCAUCUGGUCACCUUCCGCGACCCGUGGAGUUUCCCCACGUUAUACCACCCGGGCUGUAAUCAUCUCGUCCGGGAACAUAUGCAGGCAUUGGCGCAGAAGAUCACCAGUGUAUGCAUCUCGUUGGGCGAAUACCCGAAAGUGCGAUAUUACCGACCCCAAAACCCUUCACACGACGCAAGCGUGCUCUGCACCCAUCUCGCCCGCUUCAUACAAGAGGAGCUUGAUAACUACGCGAAAUGGAACCAGUCCUUCCCUCCGGCAUCCAGCAGGCCGACGGGUGUGCUCUUGGUGACGGAUCGGAGCAUGGAUCUCAUGGCGCCUCUAGUCCACGAGUUCACCUACCAGGCUAUGGCCCACGACCUACUGACCAUUAAGGAGGGCGACAAGGUCACUUACCACAUGACCAUCAACGAAGGCCAGGAGAACGCUGAGGAGAAAGACAUGGAACUCCAGGAGAAGGACAAGGUCUGGGUUGACAACAGGCACCGGCACAUGAAGGAUACGAUCGACAAGCUCAUGGGCGACUUCCAGAAGUUCCUCGACGCGAACCCGCAGUUCAACGACGGGGACCAGAAGGUCAGCCUGAACACCAUCAAGGACAUGAUGGCGGGCCUGCCCCAGUUCCAGGAGAUGAAGGAGGCUUACUCGCUGCACCUGUCCAUGGCGCAGGAGAGCAUGAACAUGUUCCAGAAUCACAAGCUGCCAGACAUCGCAUCAGUGGAGCAGACGCUGGCCACCGGACUGGAUGAGGAUCUGCGCAAGCCCAAGAACAUCCUCCAGGAGGUUGUGCGACUGCUGGACGAUGAAGCUAUCACCAAGCCAGACAGGCUGCGCCUGCUCAUGGCGUACUUCAUCUUCCGGGACGGCGUGAUUGAGGAGGAUGUCAAAAGACUCAUGGCCCACUCAGCCCUCGAACAAUCUCAAUGCAACACAGUGAGCAACCUGGAUAUCCUUGGGGCUCGCAUUCUGAAGGGACUCAAGGAAGUCCGGCAGCCACGGCUGCCACUCUUCCCACUUGAUAAGAACAUACAGCUGAACGAGGAGUACGGACUCUCGAGGUUCGAGCCGAACGUGAAGCACAUGCUCGAGCACUUGUGCAAGGGCACGCUGGAUCCCACGACGUUCCCGUACACGAUACCGCCAGCAGAUCCUAAUGAGGAUGUGGUGGCAGGGCAAGGGUCCCUCCGCGCCGCAAAACCGAGCUGGGCUGGUGGAGGACGACGCGUGGCUGACAACCGACAGCGCAUCAUCGUCUUUGUCGCAGGCGGCGCAACAUAUUCGGAGUCUCGAGCGUGCUACGAAGUCUCAGAGAAGCAAAACCGCGAUGUGUUCCUCGUGACGAGCCACAUGGUCACCCCAAAGAUGUUCGCCCGCCAACUAGGCGACCUGUCAGUCGAGAAGCGGCGACUAGACCUCCCCAUGGAGCGCCCCAAGCCGAAGGCACCGGCCCAUCUCUUCGAGCGUGAGCGGCCUCCGCCGCCGCCGAUGCAGACCGGGCCACCACCACCCGCUAAAGGCGGUCCGAUGGGUAUGGCCCCCGGCCAACAGCGCAUUCAGCGCGCACCGCUACCGCCGGGCGCGGGAGGACUCCCGGGGAGACCAGCCCCACCUACACAGCAGAUGUCGCAGAUGUCAAUGGGCGGCAGCCCGGCACCACCAAGGCCGGCGCCCCCGAUGAACGGCGGCGGCGGCGGCGGCGGCAGCUACUCGUCGCCGACACCGCCGCCCGACGACGGCAAGCUGCACAAGAAGGAGAAGAAGAAGCGGAACAUCUUUGGCAUGAAGAAGUAG